GUUCGUAAUGGCGACGAUCUCUGAAGAAUUUGUUGUGUACUGAAGACAGUUCCGCGGGGUAGAUCUGGCCAUAUGAUUUAAAAUUUUUAGGGAAUCAACAUCGUGUAAAGAUAUAACUGAUUCUCGAGACCUACAAUGCCGGUGACAUCCAACAACCUUAUCAUAGAAGAAGAGGACCUCCCCUAUGAGGAGGAAAUAAUUCGAAGUCCUUAUUCUGUGAAGUUCUGGAUCAGGUACAUUGAGCACAAGGCCAAAAAGGGCUCCAAUACAGCACUGAAUCUGCUCUAUGAGCGAUCUCUUAAAGAACUUCCUGGAAGCUACAAGAUCUGGUAUCUGUAUUUGAAAGAAAGAAGAAGACAAGUCAGAGGGAGGCCUAUUACAGACCCUGCUUAUGAGGACAUAAACAAUGCAUUUGAAAGAUCUCUUGUCUUCAUGCAUAAGAUGCCAAGGAUCUGGAUAGACUAUUGUCAGUUUUUAGUGGAUCAGUGUAAAGUGACAAGAACAAGGCGCACAUUUGACAGAGCAUUGAGGGCACUGCCAAUAACACAACACCGUCGGAUCUGGCCUUUGUAUCUUAAGUUUGUUCGCAAGUACCACAUUCCUGAGACAGCAGUCAGAGUCUACCGAAGAUACUUAAAGUUGGAGCCAGAAAACACAGAAGAUUACAUUGAUUAUUUGAAGUCUGUUGGAUGGCUGGAUGAAGCAGCAACACGACUCGCUUUCAUUGUUAACAAGGAAAAAUUUGUUUCUAAGGAAGGAAAAUCAAACCACAAGCUUUGGCAAGAACUUUGUGACCUUAUCUCUAAGAACCCUGAUAAGAUAAAGAGUCUCAAAGUCACUGACAUUAUCCGUGGAGGUUUGCGGCGAUUUUCCGACAGCUUGGGACAGCUUUGGAAUUCACUGGCUGAUUUUUUUAUAAGAAGUGGGCACUUUGAAAAGGCGCGAGAUGUUUAUGAGGAAGCUAUUCAAACAGUUAUGACUGUUAGAGACUUUGGUCAGGUUUUUGAUGCCUAUGCACAGUUUGAGGAAAGUAUGAUCAGUGCCAAGAUGGAAACAACAUCAGAGAUGGGUCCUAGUGAAGAAGAUGACAUUGACUUGGAACUUAGAAUGGCAAGAUUUGAACAUUUGAUGGACAGAAGGCCACUGUUACUGAGCAGUGUCCUUUUACAUCAAAACCCUCACAAUGUCCAUGAAUGGCACAAAAGAGUUAAACUGUAUGAGGCAAAACCCAAAGAGAUCAUCAACACUUACACAGAGGCUGUACAGACAGUGGAGCCAAAGCUAGCAUCCGGCAAACCCCACACCCUGUGGGUGGAGUUUGCUAAGUUCUACGAGCAGCAUGGUCAACUGGCUGAGGCACGAGUUAUAUUUGACAAGGCUACUAAAGUGAAUUACCGCAAGGUGGAUGAUUUGGCGAGUGUGUGGUGUGAGUUUAGUGAGAUGGAAAUCAGACAUGAAAAUUAUCAGCAAGCCCUUAAUCUGAUGAGACGAGCUACAGCCAUGCCUUCAACUAAAACUGAUUACUAUGAUGAGAGUGAAACUGUUCAAAAACGAGUCUACAAGUCACUGAAAUUGUGGUCCAUGUAUGCAGACUUGGAGGAGAGCCUGGGCACAUUUCAGUCCACCAAAGCUGUGUAUAAUCGCAUUCUAGAUCUGCGGAUAGCAACUCCUCAGAUUAUUAUCAACUUUGGUACGUUUCUUGAGGAACAUCGCUACUUUGAGGAAGCUUUCAAGAUAUAUGAGCGGGGAGUGUCGAUGUUCAAGUGGCCGAAUGUGUUUGAUAUCUGGAAUACCUACCUCACAAAGUUUAUUCAAAGAUAUGGAGGCGCAAAACUCGAGCGUGCACGAGACCUCUUUGAACAAGUCCUUGAGGGCUGUCCUGCCAAAUUCGCUAAAUCUUUCUAUUUAUUGUACGCUAAACUCGAAGAGAAUCAUGGUCUUGCCCGUCACGCUAUGUCAAUCUACGAGAGAUCUACCAAAGCAGUGUUGCCAGAGGAGCAGUUUGAGAUGUUCAACUUGUAUAUUAAGCAAGCUGCGGAGAUUUUCGGUGUCACCCACACGCGUGAAAUCUAUGAAAAAGCGAUUGAAGUGCUACCAGACGAACAAGCCAGGGAGAUGUGCAUCAGAUUUGCCGACCUUGAGCGCAAACUGGGAGAAAUUGACCGAGCCAGAGCUAUUUACAUGCACUCUUCACAAAUGGCUGAUCCAAGGACCACUCCAACUUUCUGGAAAGUGUGGCAUGACUUCGAGGUUCGCCAUGGAAACGAAGAUACAUUCCGGGAAAUGUUACGUAUCAAGAGGAGCGUGCAGGCUCAGUUUAAUACUCAGGUCAAUUUCAUGUCUGCACAAAUGUUGGCAGCGGCUGCUAGCAAAUCUGCAGGAGCAGUAGGAACAGAAGAGGCUGUGUCCGAUGACAUGCAGCUACUAGAACAGCAGGCUCAGGCUGUGGCAGCAGCUAAGGCUAAGACAGACGUAGCCGCCAAGUUGAAGGAAAAAGUCUUAUUUGUUAGGGCUGAAACAAGUCAAGGCGAUAAUGAAAACAAUGAACCAGUUGCCAACCCCGAAGAGAUCGACAUUGACGAUGAUGAUGACGACGACGACGAAGAUGAGAACAGAGAUGAAGAGGGUAAUGAUGUUUCUAUAAUUUAAUCACG